CCCCUCCUCUCCCCCCUCCUCCCCUCCCCCUUGACGUGAACCUACCUUACUCUGCCCUAGUCGGUGUUUUACAAGGUCAUUGGUCAACUCCAAUAUAACCCGGACAACCGAACCCGAAGGUGCCAUUAUCUCCGGGACCAGCGGCCAAGGACCGUGAACGAUCUAAAUCAGAGCAUGCGAUCAUAGCGCUGUGUGUGUGGACUUCAUCCCUCGGCGCAUUGGCGGCAGCCUUUCUUGUUCCUUUUCAUCUUUCUCCCUUCCCUUCAACAAAUAUAGAGAUUAACACGCUUCGCGAAACGUGCCACCCCCCCUUCCUUGCGCCUCGACCCAGGAUGCAUGCAGAAGCGUGAUUGGCACUCCUUAACCCCGGCAAUUGCACAAUCAAAAACCACACCCGACACCCCUUAUCGCAUCUCACUUUCACCUGCCGGAGAUGAAGCCUCAGGGCCUGCUGGCCGUCGUCUGCACGAUCGGGUCCCUCGCCACGGCCACAACAGUAACUUCUGUGCCCAACUCGCAACCGCAACCGGCGGUUCAUCACACCUAUGGCAAGCUGCUGAAUCACAACGAUCCGGACCCGUUAUAUGAACAAUACGGACUGAAUCGAUCGGAGGAAUUCAAGUACUACCAGGAACCGGGCAACGAUGAUAUUCUCGGCCACUAUGACUCUCGCUUUUUCACCGAGCCCGUCCCAGACGAGGAGCGGUCCCACACCUUGACGCACAUGGUCCGCGCAUAUCUGAACUUCUUCGAGGACAAUGGGCUCGAGACGUGGAUCGCACAUGGGACGCUUCUCGGGUGGUGGUGGAACGGAAAGGUAAGAAGACCCCUUGCCUCUCCGUGGCGCUUCCUGUUGGCAAUCAAAACUCACGGUAGGAUACAGGUCAUGCCUUGGGAUUGGGAUAUUGACACCCAAGUGAUGGAACCCACGCUUUUUCAACUGGCGGACCAUUUCAACCAGACCGUCGUCCAGUACACCGCCAAGGAGGAGAAUGUGGAGCGCAAGUAUCUAGUCGACGUGAACCCGUGGGCCCGUCAACGCGAUCGAGGCAAGGGACUCAACAUCAUCGAUGCGCGCUGGAUCGACAUGAACACGGGCUUGUAUAUCGACAUCACGGGGCUGAGCCGGCUGGAUGCGACCAAGCCGACGGAGUGGCAAUGCAAGAACUUGCACAAAUACCAGACCGACGAUAUCUAUCCUCUGCGCCGGACGACCUUUGAGGGGGUACCGGCGAAGGUGCCGUUCAAAUACGACCAGGUCUUGGAGGAUGAGUACUCGAAGAAGGCGUUGACAAACACGCAUUAUCAUGAGUGAGUGGAUUUUCCGGAAUCAAGAACUGGAUGCUCGGUUGCUAAACGUACCCCUCCUGUGCCAGUCAUACUUUUGAUCCUGAACGCGAAGAAUGGUUGAUGGAUGAGCCGGAGCCGAAGGAGAAGGAAGACGAUAAGGACGACCGGCAGUAUGAAUGAUGCUGGUCGUGGAAAGGUAUAUAUUCACUUGAGGUUUUUUUUUUUUUUUUUUUUCUCGUCAUCGCUGGGACAUGCAUCCAUUCAGGCAUACUGUUGGGGUAUAUAAAAGGGUGUUGGUGGGCGUUCUGGAUGAAAUGGGAUGGCGUUGGGUUGUC